UGGCGGCCAGGCGGCCAGCUGCAACUCUCGGACUGCAGCAUUCCAUUUCCAGGAAGGCCACGGCGGCGAGAACUCACUCGGGCGCUGCCGGCGAUGUACGGCACUUCCGACCCCACAGCUGCGGAGCGCACGGCUUUCCGGCGUGCGGAGAAACAGUACAAGCUUUACAAGACACUCAACGUCAAGGGCAGGUCCAGGUCCAGGUCCAGGUCAGGAUGCAGGCCGUCUAGCGGAGAGGGAGGUGGCGCUGAUCUGUCAGCCGUAGUUGACUUCCAUGCUCUGCUUGCCGCCGACGGGGAGCUUCCUGACGGGAUUGGUCGGCGUGAGUGCCCCGGAUUCGACCGCCCCGUGUUCUGCUUCUUGGACCGGCCAGGGUUCUAUUUCAUUCCUGGUGCUUUAUCAACUGAGGAACAAUGCUGUUGGAUCAGGGAAAGCUUGAAAACAUUUCCACAGCCACCUAAUAGGACUAAUUUGACUGCAAUAUAUGGUUCAAUUUCGGACUUACUCAUCGCUGCCGAAAAUCAACAGAUAUUGGUUGAAGCAGAAAAUCCUGAUAUCCAAGAAAGAAAUAAACAGAAUAAUUGUGGAGGGAAAACAGAAUCCAAAUACUUCAAAUUUGUGGACUCAGAGAGCCAGAAAGGGGAAGAGCAUAGGUCAAACGCAGCAACUACCCUUGUGAGGAAGCUCCGGUGGAGCACCCUUGGUCUGCAAUUUGAUUGGUCAAAGCGGAACUACGAUGUAUCACUUCCACACAACAAGAUUCCAGGUGCUCUAGCUAGUCUUGCCAAAAAGAUGGCUAUUCCAGCUAUGCCUUCUGGAGAAGAAUUCAAGCCAGAAGCUGCUAUAGUGAACUAUUACGGUCCAAGUGACAUGCUUGGUGGCCAUGUUGAUGACAUGGAAGCAGAUUGGACAAAACCUAUUGUAAGCAUAAGUUUGGGCUGCAAAUGCAUCUUUCUUUUGGGAGGAAAGACUCGAGAUGAAGUUCCAACAGCAAUGUUCCUGCGCAGCGGUGAUAUAGUUUUGAUGGCUGGGGAAGCACGAGAACGCUUCCAUGGUGUACCGCGGAUUUUCACAGAGAGUGACCAGCAAGAAAUCCCUGCACUGAUUUCACAACUAUCUAGUGGAGAUGACGUCUUUAUCUUGGAGUAUAUCAAGAAUUCUAGGAUAAAUAUCAACAUCAGACAGGUCUACUGAAGAUCAGAUUGGUUGCAGACUUACACAUGAAAGUUUGGUGGGAAAUGCUGCUUUCUUGCUGCAGUCAGGUCCAUUAUCGUAGUAUAGCUCGAUUAGGGGCAUCUGGAAUAGCAACUGAGGACCUGAAGGGUUGGAAGGUGCUACAAUAGUAGUGAAACUAACCAUAUGUGUAACUUCCAUUGGAUGAGGGUUUUUUUUUCAAAAAAAAAUUUUGAUAACCUGGCAAUGAUCUCAAAACUUAUGCAGGAUUGCUGAUCUCGGGAUUAGCCAUCCCUAGCUGAUUUCAUGUUGUUAUCUUUUCUGACGUGAAUAUGCUCCUCAAUUUUGCUGCUACUGUAAAGAUAUUUGUAGACCUGUUUGAACUUAUUGCUUGAUGAUCUCAUUUUGAGGAGUCUUAGGCUUUCCAAGAAUUAA